GAUUAGAAGAAGAAGAAGAAGAAAGAUUAUUUCUUUUGAAACUCGACCGGUCCAUCGAUCGGUCACCUUAUCUAGGAUGUUGACCUCCAUUCCCAGCAAUGAGUCAAUGACACAACUUGGCUUGUGAUUCGUUUUAGUUUCAUCGUGUGUUACAAGCUACAACAAUUGAUUGUCAUUUUCUGAAUCUUUGAUUGAGAAAAGGGUCCAGAUUUUGCCUUGAUGCCAGGUGUGUUGGGCGGAACCUGAAACGAUGGACCACCUCUUUUGGGAGUGUCCAAUCGCUACGACCAUUUGUACUCAUUCGAGAUUGGAGCAUCUGGGGCACGGGUUGCCGCGCCAUACAUUUCUAUUUUCCUUAAAAAGUGUUUGAAUAGGAUGACCCAGCCGACGCAGAUUAUGGCUCUAAUGGCGCUCCUAUGGCGUAAUUGGAAUUCUAGAAAUUGGGUUGCCUUUAAGGGCAAGGAGUUUUUGAUUCCUUAGCUAAUGCGCCAGUAUCAUCAGCAACUCCAUGAAUGGGUGUCCUUACCGGAGGAUAGGGUGAUAUGGGAUUAGUUUCCUUUGCAGCGGAAUCUGGAGGUGGUAGAUUCGACCUCUGUCAUCUGUAGGUGGCAUGGUGCAAUACGUGUUGACUCACAUUUAGCGGAGGGUUAAUCUUAAAGGAUGGUGGAGGGUUAGUGGUCUUAGCAAGAGGAAUGGUACUUGAAAACAGUGUUGACCCUCUUGUGGUGGAGACUAUUGUCCUCCGUGAAGCUAUUUGGUGGUGUCAGAAUCUGGCAUUGCUCAAGUUCGGUUUAAAGGUGGUGCGAAGAUGCUCAUUAAUAAGAUUAAUGCCAAUGAUGCUCAAGACAGUCGUGUUGGGGCUAUUGUCCUGGAGAUUUUGCGCAUGAUGGCUCUGAAUAGUGGUUUUCAGGUUCGAUUUGUGGGUCGCAUUAGCAAUAGGAUAGCCCAUUCAGUGGCUAGAGAGGCCCGUUCAUUGCCUUUGACUUCAUGUAAAUUGUAUGAUUUUCUUGUAUGAGUUGGGUCCAUCAUGUAAUUAACGACCUUUUUAUCAAUCAAUAUGAUUAUCUUUUGUUAAAAAAAUAUAACGAAUCCACAAUAUUUGGUUCCCAAUAGUAAGCAAAAGCUCGCUUUCCUUUUAUCAUUAGGUGAAAAAUUAAUCCAAAAGUGUAGGCACUUGAAACUUGCAUUUGAGAGCACACUACCAUUACAGAAUCAUAGCUUUGGCUUUGCCUCGUAAGGAUUUUCCCUAGAUUAAGGUACAUAUGUCAUAUGUUGCACACAGACAAGGCAAAUGUUUGAGAUCAUGUCACAUCUGUUGAUGUUCGUUCCUUUCAUUUUCCAUUAUUUGUGCCAUAUUGGCCAGACCUCUAUGGUUGCCUACUUCGGUGCAUCUGUGUGAAUAUCUUCAAUCCCAAAUUGCUUAUCAUUUCGGAAAGUUAUUGUAAAUUCAAAACUUGAUAAUAACAACAUACCAACAAGCGUAACUCAAGAUAAACUAUUUUUAGAAUGGUAAACAAAACAACUUACCAAAUGUUAUAUUUAAUCAAAUCACGGUUACGACUUCUACAAAGGUGAGUAAUUCAUUUAACACUUCAACUUAGUUUUUUGAUGAAAUAGAUUUCACUACCAAUAACAAAAAUAAAGUAAAUUAAUUACCUGUUCGUGGGUGUAAGCAUACAAAAUAACAAAUAAGAAAAUAACCAAAAAAAUAGUAACUAAUAAAAUUCUAACAAUACAUUAGAAGAAAAGAUGAUCAUGGAUUCAGCGAAAAAAAUGUCACGAUAACUAGAUAAUACUUUUUCAACCAGCAAUGAACACACCUCGAUUAUUUCUCACCAGAUGCGUCGUUGUCCCAAACGCAAAGAUUUAACAAUUUAAAACUACACUAGUAAUUCAUAAGCGAAAAGCAUAUGGAAACCUAUUUUUAGUACCAUUACAACGAAAUCUUUGAUUAAAACAAUAUAUUUAACGAUAACAUUUUGUACAUUAAUCGGUGAUUACAUCGGUUUAUAAUAAUUUUAUUAUCAUCAUAAGCUAAAAAAAAUUCCAAUACAUGGAAAGAUAUCCUCUAGCUUAAUUUGCAAUCACAAAACUUGGCAAUUUAUUGAACAAACCAUUUUUUAUUCCCUAAACUCCCCACACAAAAAAUAUACCAACAAAAUCUAGCAAGCUCAUUACACAAUUGAAAGCUAAUCUUUUUAUUACAUUCUUCAAAAAGGCAGCGGUUUAAAUAUUCAUAUCCUACUUUCCAUUUUUCUAUCAUCAACAAAAAACAAAACACAAAAAAAAACCUCCACAACCGCCCGACCUGAAACGACGCGGUUUCAGCCCACGUGGCAGAACACCCCUUAUCUCAGCGGGCCCCGCACUUCCCUGUCCCGUAAAUCCGACGGCGGAGAUCUCUCAUCUGCCGUCAUCUUAGGGUUUUCUUUAGUCACUCCUUCAGAACGCAAUCCUUCUCUUUCGAGUACGUUUUCCUCAUUUCCUCUCGCGCGUCUCUCCGUUUUGCUCGUUUCUGCGUGUCGCCGCCGCACCUCCUCGGCGGCUCUACCCACCAUCUCCGUUCCCUCCACCGCCUUCCCUCUCCUCCUCCCCCUAUCCUAAACUAAAAAAAAAAAGAGUUCAUUCAGAAACUGAAUUGUUGUUUUUUUUUUGUUUCGGUUGUCUUCUGGGUCCUUUUGUCGAACAGUUGGUGUGCGUAUCUAUCGGGUUAGAAAGAGUUUUAGGGUUUCAGUUGCAGUCGUCGUAAAUAAAGAGAGGAGAGGGAAGAUUUGGUUGAAAAAAUCCCAAAAAAAAGGAGCCGAGAAAGAAGGGGUGGUAAAUUUGUACUGGGUUGUUUAUUUUUGGACUGCAAGAGUUUGGUUCGUUUUUUUUUUUUUUUUUUCUUGGAGGAAGUUCGAAGAGAGUAAUGGCUCAGGUACCGGUUCAAGCGCAAGGUGUGAACGGCGGGGCGAACAACAACCCGCAUUUCACCACCACUUCGCUCUACGUCGGCGAUCUGGACUUCAACGUCACCGAGGCGCAGCUUUUCGAUCUGUUUAACCAGGUCGGCCAGGUGGUGUCGAUUCGUGUUUGCAGGGACUUGACCACUCGGAAGUCGCUGGGAUAUGGCUACAUCAACUUCACCAACGCCCCCGAUGCUGCCAGGGCAUUGGAUAUCCUCAAUUUCACUCCAAUUAACGGGAAACCUGUUAGAAUCAUGUAUUCUCACCGUGACCCUAGCAUUCGCAAAAGUGGUGCUGGAAACAUAUUUAUCAAGAAUUUGGACAAGGGCAUCGACCACAAAGCACUGCAUGAUACCUUCUCUUCCUUUGGGAACAUUCUCUCCUGCAAGGUAGCCACUGACUCUUCUGGACAGUCAAAAGGUUAUGGGUUCGUCCAGUUUGAUAGUGAGGAAGCUGCACAGAAGGCCAUAGAGAAAUUGAAUGGAAUGCUGCUAAAUGACAAGCAAGUUUAUGUAGGUCCUUUCCUACGCAAGCAGGAAAGAGACUCCUCAAAUGACAGGAGCAAAUUCAAUAAUGUGUAUGUGAAGAAUCUUGGUGACAACACCACUGAUGAUGAUUUGAAGAAUGCCUUUGCUGAAUAUGGACCAAUCACCAGUGCUGUGAUUAUGAGAGAUGCAGAAGGAAAAUCCAAAUGCUUUGGUUUCGUCAACUUUGAGAGUUGUGAAGAUGCAGCUAGAGCUGUUGAUGCUCUUAAUGGAAAGAAAUUUGAUGACAAAGAGUGGUAUGUUGGCAAAGCCCAAAAGAAAUCUGAGAGGGAAGUUGAACUGAAACAAAAGUUUGAGCAGACAAUGAAAGAGGCUGCUGACAAGUUCCAAGGAGCUAACUUGUAUAUUAAAAACCUAGAUGAUAGCAUAGCUGAUGAAAAGCUGAAGGAAUUAUUCGCCCCAUUUGGUACAAUCACAUCAUGCAAGGUCAUGCGAGAUCCUAGUGGCGUUAGUAGAGGCUCAGGGUUCGUCGCGUUCUCUACUCCCGAGGAAGCUAAUAGAGCUCUUUCGGAGAUGAACGGAAAGAUCAUUGUCAGCAAACCAUUGUAUGUUGCACUUGCACAAAGGAAGGAAGAUAGAAGAGCCAGACUGCAGGCUCAAUUUUCUCAAAUGCGACCUAUGGCAAUGCCACCUUCUGUUGCACCUCGCAUGCCAAUGUAUCCUCCUGGGGCACCUGGAAUGGGACAGCAGAUAUUCUAUGGCCAAGCUCCUCCUGCUAUUAUACCUUCUCAGCCUGGAUUUGGGUAUCAGCAGCAGCUUGUGCCUGGUAUGCGUCCUGGAGGGGCACCUAUGCAAAACUACUUUGUCCCAAUGGGUCCACCCGGUCAGCAGGGUCAGCGACCUGGCGGUAGAAGGGGAGGUGCUGGUCAGCAAUCCCAGCAACCGGUUCAACUCAUGCAGCAGCAGAUGCUUCCAAGGGGCGGCCGUGUCUACCGCUAUCCUCCAGGGCGUGGCAUGCCCGAUGGCCCCAUGACUGGUGUUGCUGGGCCUGGAGGCAUGCUCUCUGUUCCAUACGACAUGGCUGGUUCCAUGCCUAUGCGUGGCGACGCAGGACUGUCUCAGCCAAUCCCCAUAGGGGCUCUGGCCACUGCACUUGCUAAUGCGACUCCAGAUCAGCAGAGGACGAUGCUUGGUGAGAACCUGUACCCCCUGGUGGAACAACUGGAGCCGGAUGCUGCUGCUAAGGUGACAGGGAUGCUUCUCGAGAUGGACCAGACCGAGGUUCUGCACUUGCUGGAGUCACCAGAGGCAUUGAAGGCAAAGGUUGCCGAGGCCAUGGACGUGCUGAGGAGCGUUCAGCAGCAUCAGGCAGCUGGUGGUACAGCUGAUCAGCUGUCGUCGCUGUCUUUGAACGAGAGCCUCGUCUCUUGAAGCUACUGUGCGGUUGGUCGGAGUGUGGUUGAUGUAGUGUGCAUGGGCUAGACAGAGUUGUGUUCUGAUACAUUGGUAGACUGGGUUUUUGUUUCUGGAGUUUAGGGGUUCUAGGAGACUGAUGUUCCUUUCGGUUCUUAGCUUUUAAUUUUUUCUCGAGUUUUCUUUUGCUGGAGCUGUGAACUGCAGGCUUGAUUGAUGACUUGUCUUUCAAUCGUUGAUGCUUUCGCGUUCUGGCUUGCUCUGUGUGUGUUAUGCAUUUGCUUGAAAAAAUCUUGUUUUAUGGCAUCUCUUUUAGGUUUUUUUUUUUUAUAAUAUUUAAGAUGUAUUAGUUAAAAGUACGUACAUGAAGCAAAUUAAUAUCUACUGAGCUG